GCGUAGUAGUUUUGAAAUCACACCAUCAAUGGCUGCUUUAUCUUCUUCAGCUACAAUCUUCUACUCUCCUUCCCUAACCCCUUUCACCGCCGGUCAACGGUCCCUCUCUUCUCCCACUCGGAUUCGUUCCUCGCCUCGUAUUCUCAGAGGAUUUCAUAGCCUUCGAAACCGUGAAUUCCACCGAUUCUCUCAAAAUGUUACCGCCGGCGGCAGGUUCAAUAGCUUCUCGUGUAACUGCUUAUCCGCCGUAUCCACCACCACUCUCGAUUACGAGUUCACAGAUGGUGGCAAAGAGGUGGAGUUGAGACUGAGGUUGAAGACAGGGGAGACGCUUUCUCCAAAGGAUAUAUCUGUGGACGCAGAUGGAACAUCUUUAGCUGUUAAAGAGAAGCGUAACGGCUUGCUCGUUACGCUUCUCGAGACUAACCAGCUAUUUGAAAAAAUCAUGCCCUCCGAAACCAUAUGGUACAUAGAUGAAGAUCAGUUGGUUGUGAACAUGAAGAAGGUGGAUGGGGAGUUGAAGUGGCCUGAUGUUGUUGAGUCUUGGGAGUCUUUGACUGCUGGGAUGAUGCAGCUUCUUAAAGGGGCGUCGAUCUAUGUGGUUGGAGAUUCUACUGAGAUUAACCAGAAAGUGUGUAGGGAGCUAGCGGUUGGUCUUGGGUAUAGUCCUCUAGACUCAAUGGAGUUGCUGGAGAGCUUUUCCAAGCAAACAAUUGAUUCUUGGAUUCUUGCUGAAGGGGAGGAUUCUGUAGCUGAAGCAGAGAGUUCUGUUUUAGAAAGCUUGAGCAGCCAUGUCCGUACUGUUGUCUCAACUUUGGGAGGUAAGCAUGGAGCUGCGGGGAGAGCUGAUAAGUGGAGACAUCUUUACUCUGGAUUUACUGUAUGGGUAUCACAAACUGAAGCUACAGAUGAAGAAUCAGCAAAAGAAGAAGCGAGGCGAAACAAGCAAGAGAGGGAGAUUGGGUAUUCAAACGCAGACGUGGUGGUGAAGCUCCAAGGUUGGGAUCCGACGCAUGCCAAGAGCGUGGCUCAGGCCUCGUUGAGUGCACUCAAGCAACUGAUCAUCUCAGACAAGGGACUUCCAGGUAAGAAGAGUCUGUACAUAAGGCUAGGUUGCCGUGGAGAUUGGCCCAAUAUAAAACCUCCGGGAUGGGAUCCGUCGUCUGACACCGGAGCUCAUCCAAGCUUCUCAUAAAGUAUUCUUAAAACAAUGCUCUUUUGUUCUCUCUUCUAUAAAACCCAGCAACAAGCGUUGUAAAGAGAUCAUUUGCGUAGAAGAAGUAUAUUUGAUGAUUUAAGUUUUGACCA